AUGCCAGCCGCACGUGUCAUUCAAUGGAAGCGCGAAGUUUUUCGGCCCUUAUCCGAUGAGAUUUAUCCUAUGUUCAAUUUACGAAAGUUUCCGGGCCUGUUCUCUUUACUUAAUACAUGCCGGGUUUCUAAUGAAUCAGUCCAUCGCCAUGGUGGAUUUGUCAGAAUCAAGUCGAACUAUGGAAGAGCAUACCCUACGAAAACGUCACAGAUGUAUUAUGCCUUUGUGCAUUAUGAUUAUUUGCGGCCUAAUCACGAUGUUUUCUUGUUGAAUUAUUAUAAUUUGAUUGAGUCGCAUCCCAUCAGUGUAUCGAUCGACCUUCAAAGCUUCACCCACCUUGUCCUUCAUUCAAAUAAAGCAGUACACCAUAGACCUUUAUUUGUCAUGGGUUUAGAAUUCAUUCAAACUCAUUGCCCAAAUAUCAAGAGGAUUAGUAUUUGUGUAACAUCUCCCUAUUCCUUUGCAUUGGAUCGUCCCUUCAAUCGAUUCAUCGACAUUGAUGAGAAUCUUCUGAAGCUCAAGCUCUGGUACUCGGUCAGGACACGAAUGUCAAACCCAGAGCGCAAUAUUUAUUUGUACAUGAGAUCAAUAAUGGACACCGCAGCUGAGAUAAUGUCUGAUGUUGACACAUUCUACAAGAAGAUGGACACAAAAAGUAUGGCAUUCUGGAAGAACGUUCAGGUAGUCCCUGUUCUAGACUGUGGAUCAAGAAAUCCUCUUGAUGAAUCCGAGCUAUACAUUCCAGCGAUAUCGGCCUAUGCAUGUUCCGAUAAUGAUGGAAACCUUCAAGCUAUACCUUGGGCGCGGAGCAGAUCUGUUCUUCAUUGUUCGGAACCUAGUUAG